GUCAAUUGGAAGCAUCCAAAUAGUUGAGUGGAAAAACAAUUAUUUUUUUUUUAUUUAAAUGAUGACGUCACAACUGAUACUACAAAAUUAUUUCACAUGAGUGUCGACAGUUUAAAAAAUUAUUUUUCAUAAUUGUAAUAUUGACCUUGCAAGUCAAAUACAACAUAUGUAAUUGCUGUUAUAUUAUUAGUGCAGUAGGAUGAUAAUUCCCUGUUUUACUUCUUUUCUAGUAAUUAUUGUAGUUUUUCUUUUAUCAUUACAAACAAUUGGAAUCAAAUGUCAGGACAAUGAAGAUUUUAAAUUGCCAAAAGAUUUUGCCAUAGGAGCUGCAACUGCUGCUUAUCAAAUUGAAGGAGCUUGGAAUAUAAGUGGUAAAGGUGAAAAUGUUUGGGAUCAUUUUACACAUAAACCAGAUUCAAAAGUUGAUAAUAAAAGCACUGGUGAUGUGGCUUGUAAUUCAUAUUAUCUCUACAAAGAUGAUGUUAAAUUGUUAAAUCACAUUGGAUUUGAUUUCUACCGAUUUUCAAUAAGUUGGGCUCGAAUUUUACCAAAUGGUUUUGCAAAUAACGUCAGUAAAGAGGGCAUAAGAUAUUACAAUGAUCUACUUGAUGAAUUGCAUUCAAAAGGAAUUAAACCUUACGUUACACUGUAUCAUUGGGAUCAUCCUCAAGUAUUGGAGAAAUUAGGUGGUUGGACCAAUGAAUUAAUGGUACAAUGGUUCACUGAUUACGCCAGAGUGGUAUUUAAAGAAUUGGGACCUAAAAUUAAAGUAUUCUUUACCGUAAACGAACCAUUUGCUUUUUGUAGCUUUGGUUAUGGACAUGCAUUGCUUGCACCAGGCACAAAUUUGCCUGGGGUUGCGGACUAUAUGUGUGGUCAUAACGUAUUAAAAGCACACGCCAGUGUUUAUCAUUUGUACAAUAACGAAUUUCGCAAAAAACAAAAAGGAACCAUAGGAAUUGUCAACGUAUGUAAUAGUUAUAUUGCUAAAAAUAAGGAUCCAAAAUUAGAAGACGAUGCAUUUCAAUUUACUUGCGGAUGGUUUUCUCAUGCAAUAUUUUCAAAAAAAGGUGACUAUCCACCAAUAAUGAAGAAAUUGAUAAAAGAAACAAGUCUUCGUGAAGGAUGGAGCAAGUCCAGGUUACCAGUAUUUGACAAAAAAUGGAUCAACUACAUCAAGGGUACAUCUGAUUUUUAUGGUCUAAAUCACUACUCCAGUGAAAUGGUUGAACGAGGAAUUAACAACGGAAUGGACAUAUGGCAUGAAUUUAAUGCUACUUUUACCUUAGAUCCAAAAUGGCCUAAGGCAAAAAGUUUUUGGCUUGCUGUAGUUCCUCAUGGAUUAAGGAAGAUGCUUAAUAAAUUAAAGAAAGAAUACGGAAAUAUUCCAAUUUACAUUACCGAAAAUGGAUAUUCAGAUGAUGGUGAAUUAAUGGAUGAAAAGCGUGUGGAAUUUUAUUUUUUAUAUAUGAAAGAAAUGUUAAAAGCAAUUUAUAAAGAUGAUUGUAACGUUCAGGUUUUUACUGCUUGGAGCUUAAUGGACAAUUUUGAAUGGGCUAAAGGAUACAGCGAAAAAUUUGGAAUUAUUCAUGUUAAUUUCGAUGAACCAUUAAGAAACAGAACAUUGAAAUAUUCUGCCACUUGGUUUAAAAGUUUAUUACAAAGUCGAAAACUAUCUUUAAAGUACAAUUAAAGAAAGUAUUUUUAUAACAAAGUUUAUGUUUCAUAACUAUGACUACAGACUGCGGUAAACUCUUUGUAAACAAUAAAUAAUAAUAAACAUUCUUUAUCAAAAUG